AUGACCCAGACCAGAAAGCCCCGUAAAACCAGCACUCGCGGUCAAACGGCGCUGGUGGUGGCUACACUCGGCAAAAAAAUUGCUUCGGCACAGAUCAAGCCCGGCGAAACGUUGCCGGUAGAACAAGACCUGGCCGAAAGCCUGAACGUGGGUCGCAAUUCGCUGCGCGAAGCCAUCAAGAUCCUGUCAGCCAAAGGAAUGAUAUCCACCGCACCUCGCAGCGGGACCAAAGUGCGCCCGCCGGAAGACUGGAACAUGCUGGACCCAGACCUUCUGUCAUGGCAUGCAGACCCAAAGAUCGCUACGCCUGAAUUUAUGCUGGCGCUAGUGGAGACGCGGCGAAUCAUCGAGCCUGAAGCCAGUCGCCUGGCUGCUUCACGAGCAACCCGGGACGACGUUGCGCAAAUCCUCGCCGCCUAUGAACUGAUGGAACAGGGACAUGGAUCUGAAGUCGACCUGGAGGCAGACAUUCAAUUUCACACCACAAUCCUCACCGCAACCCAUAAUCCGUUUCUGGCAAAUUUUCGACACUGUGUCAUUACCUUUCUUAACGCCCACUUCCGGUACGCUGAUGCUGACAUCAUGACCACGGCCGGCAAUCUGGCCAUGCACAAGAAAAUCGCCUGGGCUAUUGCUGCCGGCAAACAACAGGAAGCGUUCGACGCAACCGCGGAGUUGCUGGAGAUUAAUCGCGAGAAAAUUGAGAACGCACUGGCGACCUCUACUCGCGAUGAAAAAUCCUAA